AUGCAUUACUCUACGCUAUUCCCAAUUUUCAUCAUAACCUUCACAUUAUUCUUCAACCAUUACCACACCACAGUUUCUGCAAAUAUAUAUUACUCACCACUACCUUACCAUGAAUGUUCAACCAACAACAACUCACCAAACAGCACAUACCAUAUCAACCUUAAAACUCUUUUGUCAUGGCUUUCAUCCAAUGCCACACCUACUACUCACGUAUACAACACUACCAUUACAGAAUCCAACACCAAUAACACUAUCUAUGGCCUCUUCACAUGCGAAAUCAAAGACAACGAUCCUAACUGUAAAAACUGCAUUACAAAUGCAGCCAAACAGAUAGCAGAACUUUGUCCAAUGUCAAAAGAAGCCAUAAUAUACGCUGCUUAUUGCAUGGUUCGUUAUUCUAAUAAUUAUUUCUUUGCCACAGUGGAAGAGAGUCCUAAACUACACUUCAUGAGCGAACAGAACUAUGUUGGGCCACAGGUUAGUCGAUUCAACAAAAUACUUUGGGAUACUAUGAAUGAUAUCAGAAAUUUAACAGCAAAUGUUACUAAUGGAUCCUUGAAGUAUGCUUAUAAAUCAGUUAACAUCACAGACACAGAUAACAAAACGCUGUAUGCAAUGGGAAAUUGCAUUCCAUACCUUUCUUCAGAUGACUGUAGUCGGUGUCUCGGUGAUGCCAUGGCAGAAAUUCAAAACUCUUGUUGUAAAGGAAAAACUGGAGGCAGAAUUUACUUCCCUAGUUGCGCAAUAAGAUUUGAACUUUAUUCAUUUUACGAUCCACUAGCUUCGACGACAAUCCAGCCGCCGCAACUAUCUACUGGCACCUUGGCAUCACCAGGAGAAAAAAGGAAAAAGUCAAUUAUAUCAGUGCUAGUUGUGGUUUUCCCGGUUGUUGCGACACUGGUGCUUUUAUGUUGGGGUUGCAGCUGUUUUAUAAGAAGGAAACAGAGAAAAAAUCAAGAGACUAUUCUCAAAGAAAGCUGUAAUGAGUUAAAUCAAUGUAAAAAAGGUGUUUCUGAUAAAAACAGAAACUCAAAUCUAUUUGGUGCAGUUGGGGAUGAUGUUGCUAUUUUGGAAUCCUUGAGGUUUGGUUUAGGCGAAAUUGAAUCUGCAACAAACAAAUUUGCUAAAGAAAAUAUGAUUGGAGAAGGUGGGUUUGGAGAAGUUUAUAAGGGUGUACUUUCCAACGGGGAAGAGGUAGCUGUGAAGAGGCUUUUGGGAAGCUCUAAGCAAGGUGCAAGAGAAUUUAAGAAUGAGGUUCUUGUUAUAGCUCGACUUCAGCACAAAAAUCUAGUGAAAUUACAAGGAUUUUGUCUUGAUGAACAGGAAAAGAUACUCAUAUAUGAAUAUGUUCCUAACAAGAGUCUUGAUUACUUUUUAUUUGAUCUCCUAAAGAGAAGACAAUUAGAUUGGAAUGAAAGACACAAGAUUAUUGGAGGAAUUGCUCGAGGAAUUCUUUAUCUUCACGAGGAUUCGCGCCUUAAAAUUAUACACCGUGAUCUAAAACCUAGUAAUGUUUUGCUAGACAGUAACAUGGAUCCAAAAAUCUCAGAUUUCGGUAUGGCAAGAAUUGUUGUGACCGAUAAUAUUGAAGAAAAUACACAUAGAAUUGUUGGGACAUAUGGUUACAUGUCUCCAGAGUAUGCAAUGCAUGGCCAAUUCUCAGUGAAAUCUGAUGUGUUUAGUUUUGGAGUAAUGGUACUGGAGAUUAUCAGUGGAAAAAGGAAAUAUUCUUCCUCUGAAUCAGAUUGUGUCGAUAUACGGAAAUAUGCUUGGACAAAAUGGAAAAACCAAACAACAUUGGAACUAUUGGAUCCUCAGAUGGAAGGAUCAUUGUUUCAAAAUGAUAUAAUAAGAUGCAUCCAUAUUGCAUUAUUAUGCGUACAGGAAGACCCUAAUGAUAGACCCACAAUGGCAAAAGUUGUUUCCUUCCUCAACAAUCCUUCGGUGGAUUUGCCAUUACUUACAGAACAGUCAUUUUUCAUGAAAAGAACAAUAGAGGACAAUAUGGUCAGGGGAUUGGACUCUAUGGGUAAUUCAAACUGUGAACUGACAGUGAGUGAAAUUUACCCUCGAUAGUACUAUAAGGGGGUAUAUUUUAGCAAACAAUAAUGUUGAUUGACACCUUGUUACCAAGAAGUUUUAAAGGAAAUGUAUGAAAUAGACAGCUACUAAUUGAUAAUUAUCUUUUAACCACAAUUAUUUUUACAUUACC